GCAGACUCCUUUUCUCUCUCAGAUGGAUUGGUAAUUUUCAACUUAAAUCGUUACAUGGAUGAUGAUACGAUCAACAUUCAUCCUCAAACAAGCCCCUGAUCAGUUUAUCAUCAAGUUCAAAUCUGUAUCAUCACUUCUCUAUUCCUCUGUUUCUGCUUCACCAUCAUCACCCAUUGAAGAAGAAGAAGAUUUUGCAUCUCAUCUACUCUCUCUUCUAUCUCUACCCAAUUGGCAAAAAAACCCUCGUCUCAAAGCCCUAAUUCCAUCGAUAUCCCCAUCACACGCUACCUCUCUUUUCAACAAUAACCCUAACUUGAAUCCACAAACGGCUCUUACCUUUUUCAAUCUUUUAUCACAGAGAUCCAAUUUUAAACCCACCGUUGAGUCUUUUGCAUCAUUGCUGACUAUAUUGAUCAAGAAUGAGUUUCUGAAUGUGGCUGAAAAGGUCCGGAUUUCGAUGUUGAAGGCUUGCGAAACCGAGGAGGAUGCGAGGUUUGUUCUGGGGCUGUUGAGAAAAAUGAAUGUUGAUGGAGAAUUUAAAUUUAAGCUUAGUAUUAGAUGUUAUAAUACAUUGCUGAUGUGUUUAUCAAGGUUUCUAAUGGUUGAUGAUAUGAAAUGUGUCUUUUUAGAGAUGUUGGAUGAUGAAAUUAUGCCGAAUAUAUACACGUAUAAUUCAAUGGUGAAUGGGUAUUGUAAAUUGGGUAAAGUUGAUGUGGCAAGGUUGUAUGUGAGCAAGAUCAUUCAAGCUAACCUUAGUCCCGAUACUCAUACUUAUACGUCGUUGAUUCUAGGGCAUUGUAGGAAUAAAGAUGUCGAUAGUGCAUUUAAGGUGUUUGCUGUAAUGCCUAAAAAGGGGUGUCGCAGAAAUGAGGUUUCUUAUACGAAUUUAAUACAUGGGUUUUGUGAAGAUAGGCGUAUUGACGAAGCUCUAGAAUUGUUCCAUCAAAUGGGUGAUGAUGGCUGCUUCCCAACAGUCCGUACAUUUACCGUUUUGAUAUCUGCAUUAAGUAGGAUAGGUAGAAUGGCAGAAGCAUUGGAUUUAUUUAAAGCGAUGAGUGAGAGAGGUUGUGAGCCAAAUGCUCACACAUACACGGUUCUUAUUGAUGGAAUGUGUAAAGAAAGAAAUCUUGAUGAAGCGAGGAGGUUGUUUGAUGUGAUGGAAAAGAAAGGAGUGGUUGGCACUGUGGUGACGUAUAAUGCUCUGAUUGAUGGAUACUGUAAGGAAGGAAAGGUCGAGAAUGCAAUCGAGAUGUUUGAAAAGAUGGGAACGGAAGGGUUGAAAGCGAAUGUCCGUACUUACAAUGAGUUGAUCGGUGGGUAUUGCAAAGGGAACAACAUUCACAAGGCUAUGGCAUUGCUUGAUAAGAUGACGAAAAAGAAACUAUCACCUACCAUUAUGACUUACAACUUGCUAAUGAAUGGAGUUUGUAAGCAGGAUCAUGUUGAUAGUGCUUAUAGGUUGAUUGGUUUGAUGAAAGAAAACGGUGUUGUUCCUGAUGAGUGGACCUAUAGUUCUCUUGUAGAGGCCCUAUGUAGACGAGGAAGUGUAGAAGAAGCUCACAAUUUGCUUGGUUGUCUUAAGGAGAAGGGCAUAAAAGUAAAUGAAGUUAUCUACACGACUCUUAUAGAUGGGUAUUUCCAAAUAGGGAAACCUGAUAGUGGCAUGGCUUUAUUUGAGGAAAUGCUUAUUGAGGAUUGCUUACCUAAUUCCUGCACAUAUAAUGUGCUGAUUCAUGGUUUGUGUAAAGGAGAUAAGAUGCGAGAAGCGUUUAUGUUAAUGGGGAAGAUGAUAAAGAUAGGUUUGGAACUGGAAAUUACUACGUGCACGAUCUUUAUUGAGCAGUUACUCAAAUUUUUUGACUUUUCUGACGCUCGUAAGCUUUUCAUUCAAGUGGUUUCUUCCGGAUUGAAGCCUGAUGUUUGUACAUACACUUCAUUCAUUCUUGCAUAUUGCAGUCACGGGAUGAUCAAACAGGCGGAAGGUAUGAUGAAUGAAAUGAUGGAGCAAGGUGUAAAACCGGAUACGGCAACGUAUACGGUUUUUAUUGAUUCGUAUGGACGUGCAGGACAGCUAGAUUGUGCUUUUGGUGUUUUAAAACGUAUGGUGGAUGCUGGAUGUGAACCUUCUCAUCAUACGUAUGCUAUAAUAGUGAAGCACCUUUUAAUUGCACAACAAAGGAAAAAUGUUGAGUUUCAUACAGGAUCUGAUCUGGAUACGAACAUGACCAAAGUCAACAUUGGUAAUGUGUGGAAGCUAAUGGAUUUCGAUACUGCAAUGGAGCUUUUUUCAGAAAUGCUUAAAAGGGGUUGCAAACCGAAUAUCAACACCUUUGAGGCACUGACCGUUGGACUCUGUAGAGAAGGGAGGAUCGAAGAAGCUAGCAGGUUGGUUGCUCAUAUGUUAGCAAAUGAGCUCACUCCUAAUGAACAUAUAUACAUCUCUUUGGUAAAUUGUUUAUGUUACUUGCGAAUGUUUGACAAAGCAUUGACACUGGUAAAUACUAUGGCCGAAAAAGGGUUUUUGCUUCAUCUAAAGUCCUAUAAGUUGCUUAUUUGUGGAUUGUAUGAUGAAAGAAAGCCUGAAAAAGCUAAGGAAGUUUUCUGCAGUCUGCUUGAAGGGUACAAUCCGGAUGAAAUUGCUUGGAAGAUUCUCCUUGACGGCUUACUUAAACAAGGCCUAGUUCAUAGGUGCUCUGAGCUCAUAGAUGUCAUGGAGAAGAAGGGUUGUCAUCUUAAUCCCCAUACAUAUAAAAUUUUAGUCGACCAUAUGGGUGUUUAAAUAGGUUAGAGGCAAGAAUCUUGAAAAUUGAUAUAUACUUCCAAAUAAGACCGUUCCAAGAUCUUGGGGAGGAAAUGGUAUUCUGAUGCCAUUUGAUAUUUCAACAUAUUCCCGUGUUUGUAUCGAGUGAGGAGAAAUGAAGAUGCAAUUCCUGGUCCCAAUUUAUGAGAAGAAAUGGGAUGGGGCCAUAAAAAGGAGAAUGGAAGUGACCGUGUAACAUGUUCGGCAUUCCAGACUUCCUCCGUAAUUUCUCACCAGGAUUUAUCUUUUCUUGCGAAAGUUGAGGGGCUAGUUGAACCAAGUGUCAUCUUGUUUCAGUGAAAGAUUUCACUGGUGCAGUUGGUAUCCUCAAACACAUAAUGUUUACAGAUGAAGGUGAAAUUCACCAUAGCAGUUUGCUGAUUGGAAAUUCACUGCAAGUUUUGUUCAUGAUUUACCGAGGGCAUUGAGGUCAGCCCGCUUGGCAAUAUGGGAGACUGGUUUCCUUUUUCAAAUCUUGAACAAGAUUUUUGAGCUCACACUUUUGCACAAGCCGAGGUCUUCAAGGAAACAACCGUUUUACCCAAAAGGGGUGCAGGACGGGUCUGCAUACAUCCCCCCAUGGGGUAUACCGAGUUGGUUUGGUUUGGUUUGGUAUGGUAUUCUGGACAAUGAAUUUCUCGACAGUAUGUUAAGACAAUGUUCACAUGCAUACGGCUAUGAUAGUUCUCUCAUUCAUAUGUUAUAUGUAUCUCCAACAGCCAUGUUGCAUUUUAAGCCGACUAGGUUCUAAAAUCUAGGCAUCCGGAGCUUGUAAUUUUCACAAUUAUCAUCCAAUCUUUAUUAUUCUUAGGAACCAACUAGACAUUCUACAUAUGUUGACUUGUGUAGCAAGAACAGGUUCAUACU